AGUUGCCCGGUUCAGUCGCGAAUCGCUGAGGUUAGCCUGGUAACGCGCCUCUGCUCGGAAGACCACCCGGUGCUGCAGACUGUUCUUCACCGGGCGGAAUCAUCGUCGGACUCGAAAUAUAGACCUCUGCGAGGACUUCUAUGAGCUCUGAGGUCCCGAUCCGAAGCUUCCUGGACACUACCAGAGCUGGAAGUGCGAGGGGAGCUGCUCACAGCUCGACUGAACGGCAGUCAAGAGAUACGGCGACAAACGUGAUCGCGGGCGACCUUUCCAAGACUCAGAGAACGGGUAACCACCGCGGUAUCUCCCUACGCUUGGCGAGCAGGAGAAUUAGGCUAUAUGGUUUCACGAGGCUUGGAGUCGAGCCCGGCUUAUUCAGUAAAUUCUGGCCCAAAAACGCACUUGCCAGCCACUCUGGUGCAACCUACUGCGCUCCAGGAGUGAAGAGCCUGAGAGGUCUGCAAGGGAACCUAGUCUCCCAACCAUUUCAACUUCCACGAGGGUUAACCAGUCUUACACCAACACAGAAACUCCCCAUUACAGGAAGCCGUCCAGCCACGCACAGGGCAUGCCUCUACUCCUCCGACAGUCCAAGCCACAGGAAACUCGCACAAAACUAGGGAGCGAAAUGUAUCUGCUUGUCGCAGGACCUCUCCAAGCAAGGAGAGCCACCAGGAGCGACUUCUCUUGAAGUUUUCGAUUUGUUCCCUCAAUGCCGUAGUG